UUAGUUUAUUAAUCUUUUUUUAAAAAAAAAUGGAUUUCUUAAACUCAUCCGAUCAGAACUUGACCUCAAAGGAACUGUUAAACCGAAUGCCAUCCAAAAUUCUGGUGUCCCUCACGCUCUCCGGGCUGGCUCUGAUGACAACGACUAUCAACUCCCUUGUGAUUGCUGCCAUUAUUGUGACUCGGAAGCUGCAUCACCCAGCCAACUAUUUAAUUUGCUCCCUUGCAGUAACAGAUUUUCUUGUAGCUGUCCUGGUGAUGCCUUUCAGUAUAGUGUAUAUUGUGAGAGAGAGCUGGAUCAUGGGACAAGUCUUGUGUGACAUUUGGCUGAGUGUGGACAUUAUCUGUUGUACCUGCUCCAUCUUGCACCUGUCUGCCAUUGCUUUGGAUCGGUAUCGGGCUAUCACAGAUGCCGUGGAGUAUGCCAGGAAGAGGACCCCCAAGCAAGCUGGCAUUAUGAUUACAAUCGUUUGGGUUAUAUCUGUGUUCAUCUCUAUGCCUCCUCUCUUCUGGAGGCACCAGGGAACUAGCCGCGAUGACGAAUGUAUCAUCAAACAUGACCACAUCGUUUCCACCAUUUACUCAACGUUUGGAGCCUUCUACAUCCCACUCAUAUUGAUUUUGAUCCUCUACUACAAAAUAUAUAGAGCAGCAAGGACAUUAUACCACAAGAGGCAAGCAAGUCGCAUGGCAAAGGAGGUGAAUGGUCAAAUCCUGUUGAAAAGUGGUGAGAAAAAUAUUAAACUGGUUUCCACAUCCUACAUGCUAGAAAAAUCUUUAUCUGAUCCAUCAACCGACUUUGAUAAAACACAUAGCACAGGAAAAAGUCCCAGAUCUGAGCUCAAACAUGAAAAAUCUUGGAGAAGGCAAAAAAUCUCUGGCACAAGAGAACGCAAAGCAGCUACUACCCUGGGAUUAAUCUUGGGUGCAUUUGUAAUAUGUUGGCUUCCCUUUUUUGUAAAAGAAUUGGUUGUUAAUAUCUGUGAAAAGUGUAAAAUUUCUGAAGAAAUGUCAAAUUUUCUGACAUGGCUUGGUUAUCUGAAUUCCCUCAUAAAUCCACUAAUUUACACAAUCUUUAAUGAAGAUUUCAAGAAAGCAUUCCAGAAACUUGUACGUUGUCGAUAUUAGUUUCAAGGAAGUUUGUUAUGA